AUGAAGUCACCUCCUCCCCUCCACCCAACCCCUAUCACGUCACCACCUCCUGCAUUCAUAUCACCUCUCUCUAUAUAUAAACCACCUAUACACACAAACCCACAUAUCUACAUACACUCCAUUGCUUUACACCACAAGAAAAAAGCUCUCUUAAACACCAUGCAAGAAGCUCUACCUUACAAGACAUGGCUUCCGACACCCAAAAACACACCCCUUGACCGAUCAUCAUCAUCCACCAUGAACUAUUUCAAUUCGAAGCCGAAAACUAAUAGCUCAUCAGCUAUGACAGGACGAUUCAUAGGUGAUUUGAACAACUUGGUAUCGGAGAACGCCGUGAUAGGUGAUUUGAAGAAAUUGGUAUCGGAGAACGCCGUGAUAGUGUUCGGAAAGAGGGGUUGUUGCAUGAGCCAUGUGGUGAAGCGUUUGCUUCAGGGUUUGGGCGUAAAUCCGGCGGUAUACGAGAUCAACGAAGAAGAUGAAGAUGGUGUUGUGUAUGAGCUGGAGAUGAUCGGAGGGGGAAAUCAAGAAAAGGAUCGGUUGCAGUUUCCGGCGGUGUUCAUCGGCGGAGAAUUGUUUGGAGGGUUGGAUCGGAUUAUGGCCACACAUAUUACUGGGGAGUUAACUCCAAUUUUAAAAAAAGCUGGGGCCUUAUGGCUUUGAUUGACAAAGUUUGUUAGUAAAUUUCUUACCCUUAAUUUUCAUUUUUUUUUUAUAUAGUUUCUUUUUUUCCUUCUAAAUAAAUUGCGAGGGGAUGGGAAAUUUUGAGUGAUUUUGGAGAGAAGUUAAACGUUACAAGGUAUUUUGUAAAGUUGUGUCAAUUUUCAAGAAAUCUUUCUGUGUGUUCAUUGAGGAGGGCCUGAGUGUUUGAAAUUAAUUUUGCAUAAACCAAUGAAGUUCUUGCUUGAAUUUAAUUUUGCAUAUUGUCAAGGAUCUAAGCUGUUCCAGUUUCAUUUGAUGCUCAUUUCUAUGAAUCUCUUGUAGUUGACUUCUAUUUCAGAAGUCCACUAUGCA